AUGAUAAAAUUAAAACAAUUAAUAUAAUGUAGAUCAUACCAUACAGCCAAUUUAUAUAAAAGUUAAUUGAUCAUUUUUGGUGGAAUUUAAAACUCACCUCUUAAAGAAGAUAGGAUUCAUUGUGAAGUAACAAAUGAAGUUACUCAUAUUAAUUUAGUAAAUUAUGAGAUAAAGAAUAUACUGCAUGCUGGCAUAGUAUCUCCAAGAAAGGCACAUAUUGCAGAAGUUGUUGGGAAAUAUCUAUUAGUUUAAGGGGGUAUAGAUUAAAAAGGUCAUUAUUUGAAUGAUUUCCUUGCCUAUGAUAUUUUAACAUUAAGAUGGUAAAAUAUAGAAAUUAAUGCUUCAAUAUUUUAAGAUGGUAUUGCAUUCCAUAAAUCUUGUUGUACUUUAGAACAUAAAUCUAUUGAUAUUUAUAAACAUGAUCCUGAUAUGACUUAUGAGAACUAAGGCAUCUAUAUCUUUGGAGGUCUAGAUUCUAAUGGACAUUAUUUAGACAAACUAAUAAAAAUUGAUGUUAGAAGAAGACCUAUAUUUAUUGAGGAAGUUCAAUCAAAAGGUAAAACUCCAAUUAGUAGAUGCUAACAUUCAAUGACAUAUGUGGAAUUAUCAUAAUAAAUUGUAAUUUAUGGUGGCAAAAAUGAUGAUAUCAACACUUAAGGAUUUUUGAAUGAUUUACAUAUCCUAGAAAUCAGAAAUCUAUCAUGGACCUCUGUAGAAAUUAGAGGUCAUCAUCCAAUAUCUGGAAGAUGUAGCCAUUCUGCUGCUGUUAUUGAUGAUAGACUAUUUAUCUUUGGAGGUGUGAACUACACAGGAUUUGUUAAAAGUGAUCUUUUAAUUAUUGAACUCAAUCAAUCUAAAGCACAAGAAUUAAGUUAAUAUGAAGCAUAAACAGAACGAUUAUCUAAAUAAUAAACUCCUGUUUAAUAUAAACCUGCUACACCACCUAAAAUAGUUCUCAAUCUCAAAUAAUAAAUUGAAUAAAUAAAAAAGGAUAGUGAAAAAGUCAAAUUAGCUGAUAAAUUUAAAAAAUAGAGUAUGGCUAGGCAUAGCCGUAAUUUGACAGAUAUUCAAAUUUAUAAAACCUUUGCCACUGUUACUGAUUGA